ACUUCCUACCGGCCGCGGUCGCUAUUCUGUGGUGUGUAAGGCUCUGGCUGCUACUUACGAAACUCUGAAACCUUCAGGAAGAGCACGAGUGCCUCAAUCCUGCGUGCCUUUUCAGCCAUGAGAGUCGUCGCGACCUUCCACCAACCGUCCUCGGUCUCGCACUCAGUGAAAUGCAAUCUAACACCUGAUCAGGAGCACCUGGUCGUCGCCAAGUCUAACCGACUGGAGGUGUUCUCUCUUCAGCCUGAGGGGUUACGGAGAGAAUGCGGGUUGGACAUAUGGGGCCGGGUGGUCGCCUUGCGAGCGGUUCCUGUCGAUGACACGAAUAAAUCGAAUCUGUUGGUCCUGACAGACCAUCCUGACCCAAAGCUCAUCCCUCUGGCCUAUGAGGUCGACGAGUCCGGUACCGCAAGCCUUAUCAGCAAGGAAGGGAUCGACCUGCACGACCGCGACGCCCGCCCUGCGGAAUUCGUCACCGACGUCUUCGUAGACCCGUCCGGGCAUGUAGCCAUCGUCAGCUGCUACACUGGCCGCUUGAAGCUGGUUCAGCUAGAAAAUGGCGAGGUCACUGGUAUACCCACUGAUAUCUCGAUUCCCGAGUUAUACAUUCUAUCUCUUACAUUUCUAUACACAGGCGCAGAUAUGUACACAAUUGGGAUAUUACAUUACGACCACCAGCAACGUCUGCAGCUCCUCUCUCGCGAUCUAGACAUCCAAAACAAAGAGUUAUCUGCAGCCUAUUCUACACUCCUACCCAGCACGAUCCUAUCGGCAAAGAAGUUUCCGACAACAGAAACGCCUCCCCGACUGGUAUCCGUGCCACCGUGUUCUUCGUCAGAGGAGAUGGGGGGCAAUGCGGGCGUCCUCGUGCUCGGUGGCCGGGACAUCUUGUUCUUCGAGUAUGCAUCGAGCGAGCGACAGGAAAUCAAGAAAAACAAGCAGCGGCGGGCGUCAAAGCGGAUGUCGAGUUCGGACCAGAAGGAGGCGCUAAAGGCGAAGGAGAAGGAGAAGGAAAGAGAAGCGAGGAAGGUGAAGCCCAGGGCAGGCGUGAAGUGGCCCUGGAGCGAGGUCACCGCAUGCUGUCCAGUUGAUGAGGGGGGGAGACGACACCUGAUCGGUGAUGAAUAUGGUCGGCUAGCUGUACUCGUCUUCGAUCAAGCAUCAUCACUUGUUCUUGUGCCCCUAGGCGAGGCCUCGCCUGCUACCACACUCACAUAUCUCACUUCGCAAGUGGUCUAUGUCGGGUCGCACUUUGGCGAGUCGCAAAUUAUACGUGUACACCCAUCCCCCGUCUCAGAGUUGAACUCUGUGACGCUCCCCAUUCCCGCUGGGAUCGUGACUGUGUCCCCAUCUUCCCUGAUGUCUGGUAAGGGCAAGGAGAGAGCUGAUGACGAUGUGUCCUCUGGAAAGGAAGACAAAGAGGGUAAAAUCGUAUCCGGAAAGGGCUCAUAUGUCGAGGUGUUGAGUAACCAUGAGAAUAUCGCACCCGUCAUGGAUGCAGUUUUGGCGGACAUCGAUGGCAGCGGGCAGCCUCAAAUCAUCACCUGUUCUGGAGGUAAGAACGCCGGCGCACUGAAGGUUGUGCAGACGGGCGCAGACUUUCAGGAGAAGGCUGUGGUUGAGGGCAUACCUAACAUCACAAACGCCUGGCCACUUCGCUCGACGUUCGAGGAUGUGAUUGAUACUCAUCUUGUGGCAUCGACGCUAGAACAGACGUUCGCAUUCAGCUUAAACGCUUCUGACGUCCUGUUACCAUCGGAUGCCUCUGCCAAUGGGUUCAUCUCGGGUUCAGCAACACUGGCAAUCAAGAACGUUCUUCGCCGGGUCAUGACGAAUACCGCGGGCCGAACGGUCUCGUCGUAUUCCAACUCGUCGCUCGUUGUCCAGGUCACUCCAGAGAGGGUCCGUCUGCUCGAGUACGAUGCGGCGCGAGACGUCUUCUCAACUGCGGCGAACGACUGGGACCCUACGCGCGAACGUCGAACGAUCGUUGCAGUUGAUCUCAAUGCCAGCCAGUUCGUGGUCGGCCUCAGCGGUGGAAAGCUCGCGCUGCUGAACUUCAACGAGAAACAGGAAUUUCAAGUUCAUAAACAUAGAGAUUUCACAGAUACCGCCGGUGGUGCGACUGAGAUCUCCGCUGUCUCUUGCUCUCCCUUUGAUUCCUCAAAGAGCUAUGCCAUGACCAUCGCCGUCUCGUUCUGGGGUACUAACAAGGUCGCUCUGCUUUCAUUAAAGUCAGCAGACUCUCCCCUCGCUACAAUGUGCGAAUGCGACGCCUUGCCGUCGCUGCCUCGCGCACUGUUACUUCACAACUUCGGUGCAGGUCGCACGCGCAAGGAGACUGAGUAUCACCCACAUUUAUUGGUCGGUCUCACAGACGGGACGCUAUGUUCUUUCAGUAUCAAGGAUGAUCAAUUGCACGACAAGAAGGUAUUUGCGCUCGGGAGUAGUCCAGUCUCGUUUACGUCGUGUGUCGUGGACGGCAAACCGGCGAUAUUUGCCAGCGGGAGCAGAGCAUCGGUCUUGCACUGGGACCGGCAACGACUCCAUCAAUCGCAAGUGAUGGUCAAAGGUACGGUCUGCGCAACUAGGCUAAAUGCAUCCGCAUUCCCAUCGUCACUGGUGCUGUGCACGCCAUCGUCACUGGUGAUAGGCAAAAUUCGUGGCGCAGACAAGAUGCAAAUUAAGACAGUGCCGCUGGGGCUGGACAACCCGCGUCGAAUAUCAUACCAUUCGGGACUCAAAGUUGUCGUGGUAGCAUGUGUACGAACUGCGCCAUCUCGAAUCGGUGAUUUCGACGGAAGGACAAGUUCCCUCAAGGUUCUCGAAGAUACUGGCUUCAACCAGCUUACUUCCUUUACUUGCGAGCCCGGUGAAGAGAUCUCCUCGGUCCUGGCCUUGCCCGGAGGACACGAUCUUCUCAGUCCAUCCUUCUGCAUCGGGACUGUCCGAUUACAACCUGGUGAACCUGAGCCCUCUCAUGGCCGUAUCCUUCUAUUUUCCCUCGUCACAGGCAGGUUGUCUACGAAGCCGGUUCAGUCUGCGUUGGACUUGGUCGUGUCCAUGCCUGUCAAUGGCUGUAUUUAUCAGCUGGUCAACGUGCAGGAUAUGGUUGCAGCAGCCGUGAACAGCUCGGUUUUGUUGUUCAGGCUUGAACGAAGCGAGGCAUCUUCCUUCCAGCUGAAGAAAAUCGCUGAAUGGAAUCACAACUACAUCGUCAUGAGUCUGGCGGCGAAGGGCAACAAGCUCAUUGUCGGUGACGCUAUCAGCUCGGUGUCUGUUCUGACGGUGAUCGACUCGCAAAUAAAUACCGUCGCGAGAGAUUAUGCCCCCUUGUGGCCCGUGGCUGUAGAAGCGAUGGGCGACAACGGUGUGAUUGGUGCUAAUAGCGACUGCAAUUUGUUCACGUUCUCCCUCCAGCGUUCUGGUAAUCGUGCUACUUUGGAACGGAAUGGUAGCUUCUAUCUAGGCGAUGUGGUGAACAAGAUUAUACCAGGUGGUUUCGGCUCUGCGGAUGCCUUGGGUGCUCAAGUUGUGGAGCCUAGGCAUAUCUUCUUCACGUCAACCGGUCGUAUAGGCGUGAUUCUCGAGAUGAGCAAUGAGAUCUCAUUGCAUAUGACUACGCUGCAGCACAAUAUGGCAAAAGAAAUCGUUGGACCGGGUGGUGUAUCUCACACGAAGUACAGAGCUCCUGCUAACUCCAAAGGGCACAGCGAGGCAGAGUCAGCAUUUGGAUUCCUCGAUGGGGACUUCCUGGAGCAGUUCCUUUUGUUAUCUAACCCUUCCACAUACCUCCAAGGCGAAAUUGAAGUAGAGCGUGUCAAGAUGUCACAAGCCGAAGUGGAAGAUAUAUUGGAGAAACUACAGAGCCUACACUGAUUCAGCAGCCACCUACACUCCAAAAUAUCCAAUGUGGAUGACGAAACAUUGGUCAUGACUGGCGAUAAGGAAGGGACAUUGUUGUACUUAUAUGAAAACAUGGACGACGAGAUAAAUAGGCGGUGAUAGAAAGCGAGUAUGUUGUAACCGAUGCUAUGACGAGAGAAAAUGGGAUGCGAUAGAUACAAUGUAGGAGUACGGAAUCAAGACUCGUUCGUCUCGCUGGUCAUCGAAGUCCUUUGGAGCGAAAUAGAAUCCGGAGAUUAAGACAAGGUAACUCAGAAUCAAGAUGCUACCGCGAUGAUAGUUGCUUUUCGCUUCGAUAUAUGUGUAGGUCAAUAAGAAGACAGACAGAAUGAUCACGACAACAUCCCAUCGAGGGAAGAUCAAC